CUAACUGCGUAUAAAGUGGUGAUCUGCCCAAAAACGACGCCCUCCCCGCCAAUCUUAUCUUCAAAACCACCACCACCACCACCAAAAAUGUCUCACGCCGUGGUGACGCCGCCCUGUUUCCCCACAGUGAGGUCGGCGGCGAACCGGCCAAGGCAGAGAGGAAACACGAAACAAAACAGGAGCAGCGGUGGAGCAGCGUUGGGGUUCGGCGGAGAGAGGAAGGAGGAUCGGUGGAAGUGCGUGGAGGAUUGCGGUGCGUGCUGCAAGCUGGAAAAGGGUCCAUCAUUCGCUACACCUGAAGAAAUCUUCCAAGACCCUUCUGAUGUUCAGCUAUAUAGAAGCCUAAUAGGUCCAGAUGGAUGGUGUAUAAACUUUGAUAAAACUUCACGAACUUGCUCCAUAUAUCCUGAUCGUCCAUAUUUUUGUCGCGUGGAGCCAGAAAUUUUCCAAACACUGUAUGGAAUUGACAAGAAAAGAUUUAACAAGGAGGCUUGCAGUUGUUGUAGAGAUACAAUUAAAGUGGUAUAUGGUUCCAAAUCAAAAGAGCUGGAUAACUUUAAUCAUGCAAUAAAGAGCGUAAGUUCUAGUUAAUUAUUUUGGUUUGCACAGUUGUGAAUGCUCGAAGUCUUUAUCUUUGAAAUGUUUGAAUAGGGAAGGUGAGGUUUUCUUUGAUAAUUAUUUUUGUGGAUAAUGAUUUUUGUAGCUAAUGAGAUUCAUAUAUUGUUCUUACAUAUGGUUUUGUAUAGAUGUUGUCAAUGUGGCUUCUGAAAUUAUGAUUGCUAAUAUUGUUAAUUUGUGGCGAAACGUAGUCCUGUGUUUAUGUA